ACCAAAAAUGUUUAGCUACAUUAUAUUGUGAAUAUUGUGUUCGGAAUCAUUUAAAAUCUAAUUUUUCAAAUUGGACUUCUGGAAAUAAUAUUAUUAAUAAUUUAAUAAAAAAUUGUCAAAUGGAAACACUUACGCCAGAUGAUAUUAUUGAAUGGAUCCCAUAUAAUAAUUUAGAUAAUAUUAAAUAUCUGACAAAAGGUGGAUUCUCAGAGAUUUAUACAGCCGAUUGGAUUGAUGGUAAAUAUGAAGAAUGGGAUUCUAAAGAGCAACAAUUAAUAAGAUAUGGAACUUAUGCUGUAAUACUUAAAGAAUUAAAAAAUGUUGAAAAUGCAAGUCAAAGUUGGUUUGAAGAGGCUAAAUCACAUUUAACUUUAGGCAACAAACUUUCAGAGAUUGUUCAAUGUUUUGGUUUAACACAAAAUCCAUCAAAUAGAAAUUAUUUACUUGUAAUGAGAAAGUGUGAAUUGAAUUUAAGAGAAUACUUACAACAAAAUCAUAAUCAACUUACAUGGAAUGAAAGAAUUGGAAUUACUUUUUUAAUUAUUGAUAACCUUUAUUGGGUUCAUAAAGAGAAUUCAAUUCAUAGAGAUUUGCAUUCUGGAAAUAUAUUAUAUUCACAGCUUAAUGAUAUUUGGUAUAUUAGUGAUCUUGGAUUUUGUGGUCCUGCAGACAAACCAUCAACAAGUAUAUAUGGAAAUCUUCCUUACAUAGCUCCUGAAGUUAUUAAUGGAAAAGGGUAUACUUUUAAAUCUGAUAUUUAUAGUAUUGCAAUGCUUAUGUGGGAAAUGUCAUUUGGGCAACCUCCAUUUAUGAAUUAUGAACAUGAUUGUAUUCUUGCAAUUAAUAUCAUUGAUGGUAUAAGACCAAAAAUUAUAUCAGAAAUUCCUUCUGAAUAUAAAAGUCUAAUGGAACAAUGUUGGGAUGCUAAUCCAUUAAAAAGGCCCGAUAUUAAUACACUUUGUAAUAAGAUGAAUGAAAUUAAGUCAUAUUAUCGAAAUAAUCCAAAUGAAUUACCUCAAUCAAUAAUAAAAGUAGAUAAAAAAACAAGCAAUAUAAUGAGUAGUAAAAUAUUUACAAGUAAAAUUCAUAAUUUUGACAAUCUACCUGAACCAAAAAAUGCAACAGAAGGUAUGCUUUUUAAAUUUUAA